AUGUUAGCCAUGCCACAAGCAGUGCUUCUCCUUGCUGUCUCCUGUGCUGCGGUCCUCGCUACUGGCGUCUCCGGCCAGCCGGUGUCGCCAGCAGCAGAGCGGACCAACUGUCCUGCAAAGUGCGGGGACGUAGAGAUCCACUACCCAUUCGGCGUAGGCCCUCGGUGCUCCAUGGACGCCGGCUUCGAAGUCACCUGCAACGAGACGACGAGCCCUCCGAGCCUGCAGUUGGGCAACAUCAUUAUCGCCAACAUCACAUUGGAGAAGGCGCAGAUGGUGGUCUACACCUUCCUGACCUACAGCUGCCGCGUGCCGGGCAGCAACAAUACAAUCUACGCGCAGACGCAGAGCAUUGAGCUCAGCGUCAGCAGCCCCCCGUUCCUGGUGUCGCCGGCGGACAACGUGUUCACGUCCGUCGGGUGUAAUUCACUGGCCCAGCUCGUUGGCGAUAGCGGCACCGACUACCACACCGGCUGCAUCACGACGUGUGCUAGCGUGAACGAAACGGCAGAUGACGGCGCACCCUGCAGCGGGCACGGCUGCUGCGAGGCGUCAAUAAUGCCCGGCCUCUUCGUAGUCAACGUGAGUUGGUCCGACUGGGCGGAGGAGAGCGACUAUCAUGUGCCUGGCAACCUGUGCCAAUAUGCCUUCGUCGCCACCAAAGGCUGGUACAAAUUCAGAAAAAAUGACCUGGUUGGAAAUUUGACAUUCGCCAAGAGAUUUGGAGAGGGCACUGUUGUUCCACUUGUUCUUGACUGGUCAAUUAGCGACGGGAGAUGCCCACCGGUGCCGCAGGGUGUUGACAAGGCAAAUAUUGAUCCCAACGGCGCAUGUGUUAGCACCCAGAGCUACUGCGUUAAUGCUAGCAACAGCGCGACGGGCUAUUUCUGCAACUGCUUCGAGGGAUACACCGGCAAUCCAUACAUAAAAAAUGGAUGCAAGAAUAUUAAUGAGUGCUUAAAUAAGAACAUGUAUCCUUGUCAUGGAGGGAGAUGCCACGAUUUAGAAGGUGAUUACGAGUGUAAAUGCAAUUUUGGACGACGGGAUGACGGUAACAAGGGGUGUGAACCCGUAUUGUCCAAGGCUGCAGUAGCAGUUAUAGGAACAAUCAUUGGCAUUGCAUUACUCGUGGUGCUACUCAUAUUCUUACUCAUGGAGCGAGAGAAAAGAAAGCUGAGAGAUAGGUUCAACAAGAACGGCGGACAACUAGUCAAAAGCAUCAAGAUCGAGAUCUUCACCAAGGCAAAGAUCAGAUACAUGACAAACAACUAUACUUCUAUCAUCGGCCAAGGCGCUUUUGGGACAGUCUACAAGGGAACCACCAGCUCCGGUGAGAACGCAGGUGUUGCCGUGAAGAAGUCCACCGCUAUCAAGCAUGACUGGCAGAAGGAGUCCUUCGCGAACGAGAUCAGGAUCCAGUCCCAGAUCAGCCAUCGGAACCUGGUCCAGCUUAUAGGCUGCUGCCUGGAGACAGACGUUCCUAUGUUGGUGUACGAGUUUGUUCCUAGGGGAAGCCUCUAUGACGUGCUCCAUCUCAAGAACGACCCUCUUCCCCUCGAGACACGCCUCGACAUUGCCAUCUACUCCGCGGUUGCCCUCGCAUACAUGCACACGGAGGCGAGCCAGAGUAUGGCCAUCGUUCAUGGCGAUGUGAAGUCAGCUAACAUCCUCCUCGAUGACAGGUUUGUGCCAAAGGUGUCAGACUUUGGCACGUCGAGGCUCAUGUCCAUGGACAAGGACCAUCACACCAACUUGGUGAUCGGGGACCCGGGCUACAUUGACCCCGUGUACGUGAAAACCGGGCUGCUCACCAAGAAGAGCGAUGUGUAUAGCUUCAGUAUCAUCCUGCUGGAGCUCGUUACCCGUAAGGAGGCGAUUUACAAUGGAAAUCAAAGCCUUCCCAUGGAUUAUAUCAAGGCUUCCAUGGAAGGGACAGCGAGGCAGAUGUUUGAUAAAGACAUUGUGGCAAAUAGCGAGGAGCAUAUGGAGUGCCUCGAGGAGGUUGGCAAGAUCGCGCUGCAGUGUCUCAAUGAGAACAACGUGAAUGACAGGCCCACCAUGGGUGAAGUCGUGGACAGACUUAAAGCGUGUAAGAGCCAGUGGUUGGAAUGUCAUUGGAAGAAAAAUGAGGUGAUGUAA